AUGGCCGAAACCGCUUUGUCCUUGGCUCGUGAUUAUUUGUUUCCAUUCUUGAUGGAAGUUGGCAACAUUAUCAGGGGGGUCCCAAAAGAUGUUGAUGACAUGAAAAAUGAACUGGAAAGGAUACAAGCCAUCAUUCAUGAUGCAGAUAGAGUGGCGGCAGCUGGAGACGACACCACACGUGUAGAAGUUAAAGCAAAGGUGAAGCUGCUGAUAGAAGCAGCUUUUAGCAUGGAAGAUGUAAUUGAUGAAUAUGUGAUACAUCAGGAACAAGAGCCUCGUGAUCCUGGAUGUGCAGCUUUUCCUUGUCAUCCUGCUGACCUCAUCGAAACCUUGAUGCUUCGUGAUACACAUAAGAUUCAGGAUGUUAAAUCACGGGUUCGCGCAUUCAACAAAAGCAGUGAAAGAAAGAGUGACUUCAGAAUCCAACCUUUUCUAGAAAAAGAACGAAGCAGCUCUGGUGGAAACCAAACCACGACUUUGGAGAAGAUUCGAAAGGCUCCCCUUUACAUGGAAGAAGCUCAAAUUGUGGGCUUUGAAGAACCCAGAGAUGAAUUGGUUGGUUGGUUGAUAAAGGGAAGAGCAGAGCGCACUGUCAUCUCUGUGGUAGGAAUGGGAGGACUGGGAAAGACCACUCUUGCCAAAAAAGUGUUUGACAAGAAGGAGGUGAUUGGGUUCUUUGAUUGCUAUGCAUGGACCACAGUGUCUCAGUCCUAUACUGUAGAUGGCCUGUUGAGGGACAUUUUGCAGAAGUUUUACAAACAAAAAAAUGUGGAUCCUCCUCAGAUUAUUUCUACAAUGCAAGGAGAUUCAUUGAUAGAUGAAGUGAGAAACUACUUACGCCAAAAGAGGUACGUGGUUGUCUUUGAUGAUGUGUGGGCUGUAAAAUUUUGGGAUGAGAUUGAAUUUGCUACUCUUGAUAGUCAAAAUGGAAGUAGGAUAAUUAUGACUACCAGGGACAUGAAAGUAGCUGAGUGUUGUAAAAAAUCUUCUUUUGUUAAAAUACAUGAAUUAAAACCUCUGUCUCCAACCCAGUCAUGGGAACUCUUUUGCAAGAAGGCAUUCCAAUUUGAAUUUAAUGGGUAUUGUCCAGCAGAAUUAGAGCAGAUAUCUUCUGAGAUUGUUGAAAAAUGUGAAGGUUUACCAUUAGCAUUGGUGGUCAUUGCUGGUCUUUUAUCUUGCAAAGGUUGUAGAGUAGAUGAGUGGGAAGAGUUUAGUCAGAAUAUGCAGAUAAAUGAAUUAGGUAGUAUAACAAAGAUUUUGAGUUUCAGUUAUUAUGAUUUGCCUCCCCAUCUUAAGUCAUGUCUUUUGUAUUUUGGAAUAUAUCCUGAAGACUAUGAAAUUAAAUCAAAAAGAUUGAUUCAGCAAUGGAUAGCUGAAGGGUUUGUAAAGGAGGAAGAGGGGAAAACCUUAGAGAAGGUUGCAGAAGGAUAUUUAAAAGAAUUGAUCGAUCGAAGUUUGGUGCAAGUAUCUUCACUUAGCAUUGAUGGAAAAGUUAGAGGUUGUCGUGUUCAUGACCUAACACAUGAGAUGAUUCUUAAAAAAUGCGAGGAUUUGAGAUUUUGUGGUGGCGUACAUGACGAGUCAGCGUUAAGUGGCAUACCUCGACGCCUGUCAAUAGAAACCAGUUUCAUUGAUUUAACGUGUAGCAGUGAAAGGUCACCCGUUCGGUCACUUUUUGUUUUCGAAGAAGAUCAAUCUCAGGAAUUUGCGACAACACUAUCCAAAUACAAUUUACUGAAGGUGCUUGAUUUUGAUGAUUUUUACUUGUUUGAUUUUCCUGAAAAUUUUGGGAAUUUAAUCCACUUGAAGUAUUUGAGGAUUAGUGAUUAUUCACAGAUAAAAAGUAUUCCAAAAUCCAUUGCUAAGUUGAGGAACUUGGAGAGCUUGGUUCUACGGGGAUGUUAUGAUGUUGAGAUUCCAGAAGAGAUGAGCAAGCUCAGAAAGCUACGACAUCUUGAAGUCGGCUCUAUGCGUUUGACUCAAUUGAAAGUUGGUAUCGGAUGCAUGACCUCCCUACAAACGCUAAGUGUUCUUGAAUUAUAUGAUGAUGAUGAUGAUGUAGAGCUAAUUAGAGGAUUGGGAAGGCUAACGCAAAUGAGGAAGUUGGGCUUGACAGGAGUUAGGAAGAAACAUGAAAGCUCUCUAUGGUCCUCAAUAAGUAAGAUGAAAUACUUAGAAAGUGUGGAGUUACAAUAUGAAGAUGAAAUCUUCAAUUUGGAGUUGAAUACAGCCCCACUUAUGCUUCGGAAGCUUAACCUAUCCCAUUUUAAGACGUUGCCAGAGUGGAUUGCAAAGCUUCAAAAGCUUGUUAAGUGUACUUUGAAGUUCCACUUAUUAACUGAGGAUACAAUUGAAUCACUAAAAGAUUUGCCAAAUUUGUUAUACCUUCUGCUUGAAUUUUCGAAUUGUGAAAGCUUGCAUUUUCAAAAUGGAGGGUUUCCGAAAUUAAUGGAUCUAAGACUCUCAUUCAUGUAUAGCUUGAAUUCCAUCUAUAUCGACAAAGGAGCACUGAGUUCUCUCAAAUCCCUCAAGCUAAAACAUAUGCCGAGUCUUAAUGCAGUACCCUCUGGCAUCCAACAUUUAAAGGAACUUCAAGUUUUUGAAGUAGCGCAGAUGACUGGUGAAUUUGAGACUAACAUUGCUCCCAUUGAAGGACCAGAGCACCCGGCCAUUCACAAUGUUCCCCUAGUAAAAAUUAUCAGCAAAGAUCACACGUCCCGCACUAUUCAUCAUGCAACAAGAAAGAAAUCAUAA